GAUUGGCUGUCCGGAACGUCAGCUAUGUGCGCAUGCGCACUUCUCUUCAAAGGCUGUAAACGCGAAAGGGAUCUUCGGACCCGAGCACUGGCGUUUGCUUUUGGUUUUCAGAAGCGCCCGUCUGGACAUAAGGUAUUAAGCUGCUUGGUGACCCUCCUGACCUCAGAGCUGGCAGCAUGGACAGCCUGGAGGAGGACCUCACCUGCUCCGUGUGCUGCUCUCUCUUCAGUGACCCACGUUUGCUUCCCUGCUCCCACACUUUCUGCAAGGCCUGCUUGGAGAAGGUGCUACAGGUGUCUGUUAACUUCUCCAUCUGGCGCCCGCUCCGCAUCCCCCUCAAAUGCCCGAACUGCCGCAGUGUGGUAGAGCUGCCCCCCUUGGGUGUGGACGGCCUCCCUGUCAACAUCUCCCUGCGUGCCAUCGUGGAGAAGUUUCAAUGUGACGGCCACCCCCGUCCGGCCGCCUGCCCGGAGCACCCACGGCAGCCGCUCAACGUCUACUGCGUCCGGGACCGCAAGCUGGUCUGCGGGUUCUGCCUGACGGUCGGACAGCAUCAGGGCCACCCCAUUGAUGACCUGGACACGGCUUACGUGAAAGAGCGCGAAGCCCCGGCUCAUCUGAUCGAGCAGCUGACGGACAAGCGCUGGGCUGAGGUGUGUGCCCUGGUGGAUCAACUGGAGCAGGAUAAGGAACGCUGUGAGAGGCUGCUGCAGCAGGACCGCGGUGCCGUGGUCCAGUUCUUCGGCAGCCUGGAGCUGAUCCUGGCCCAGAAGAAGGAGGCCUUCAUGGAGGCGCUGGAGGCGGCAAGUGGGGAACUGCAGCACGCUUACGACCCGCUGAUCGAGAAGCUGAAGGACAUGAAGGAGGAGCAGCUGGACCUCAUUUCGUACAGCACAGCGGUGGAGGGGGAGGAAUCCCCCCUCGCCUUCCUGGAGAAGGUCCACAUCUUCCGGGAGAGGGUGGAAGCCUUGAUCAGAGCACCAUUGCCCAGGCCGACAGUCCUCUCCACCCACCCUCGGGCUGCUGAGUUCCUGGAGCAGCACUGGGCUGGGGUGACUGUCGCUGAUUUGGAGCAGGGUCCAAUUCCCCAGAUCACAUGUUGCGUACAGGGCUGCGGUCAGAAGGAGGGGCCCCCCUCCACUUGGCCACAGCUUGCCCCCCCAGUGCCCUCCACUGUCCUGCUUGUGCUCCUCCUGUCUAUUGUACUGUUCGGCCUGAGCUACAUGUACGCGCCGCCCGUCUCCUUUCCUGAUCUGCCUCGGGCGAGUCAGGUGCUUCAGGCUGUCCUGCAUGAACUGACUGGCCACGUCUGCUUGCUACAGGAGACUAUGGUGUACCUGCAGUCCAUGGUUGGAGAUGUGAUUCUGAAAUGCAGGUUUCUCCUGUCGUCCCUUGGAGAAACUACAGGGUAUUACUUAGGCACCAUCUUCAAGUUGUUCUGAUUCUUGGGGAAAGAGGGUUAGUGCAAGGAUUUGCCUACAAAAUGACUAUUUUCUUUGAUUAGUGAUUUUAUUUUCUUUUUGUGGUGCUUAACAGCUUAGCGGGGAAUCAGUACCUCCUGUCAACCACAUUUAUCUUGCCAAAUCAACCCCAACUCUUUCUACACUAACCGACCAGAACCUCUGUUGGGGCACUUUUGUAUCUUUUUCUAAGAAUAUAAUUUUUUAGUCAGUGUCUUAUUGUUAAUUUUAUAGAUUGUCCAGGGAUGGUUAUAUAAUCCCAUUCCUUUGGAGAAUUUGCACAUUGAAAAACCUUCCCCUGAAAAACAGCAUAACUUUUUCCUGCAUUCUAGGUGAAUUAACCAGGCCUGGACCACACAGGCUACAAAAUACUGUACCUGACGGGGCCGUCAGUGUUUCCUGCCCUUUUACACAUCAUUCCACUCCAACACACCUUCAGCGUGACACAACUUAAGAUGGAGCUGAACUGAACCUUUGACGGGUUUGAAAUCUCUCCACUCUCCUAGAACUAUAGUCAGAUACAGUACCUUGGUUGAGACUCUUGGUUUGAAAAGAACUUAAUUUUUAAUAAGCUGUGAAUUUGGAGCAGGUGCGGGUUAUUUUAUGCUUAGAUAUCACUGGUCGUAAUUUCUGAGAGUUAACAUUACUGCUAUUUUAAUUGAAUAAAAAUCACGCUUCAUGCUUUUUGUCUGA